CCCGGCCGCAUUGUGACGUAGCGGGGCCGCGGCAGCGCCUCCGCCGCCCGCCUGCUCCGGCUGCGGCGGUUCCUGCUCCCGCCGCCGCCGUCCAUCCGUCCAUCCGUCCGUCGGUCAGCGCUUCCGAGCCGCCGCAGCGCCGGGCGCCCCCGCUGGCUGCAAAGUUCUGCACUUCACGGCAUCCCUGACGACUUCCCUGGCCAUCUGGUUCAUGUUACACUUUGCAUUGCUCUACCACCAGAAACUUUACCAGACUGUCCACCCCUUGAGUGAGCCUGCAAACCCGGACCAUCAGAAGUAUUCCUUGAAGGACUUUCUAAGUAUUUGACCAUACUCAAAAUGUGCAGAGAAGAAUGAUGGAAGCCCCUGAAUACCUUGAUUUGGAUGAAAUUGACUUCAGUGAUGACAUCUCUUAUUCAGUAACAUCACUCAAGACCAUCCCGGAACUGUGCCGAAGAUGUGAUUCGCAAAACGAAGACAGGUCAGUUUCUAGCUCUAGCUGGAAUUGCGGUGUCUCAACUCUUAUUACAAACACACAGAAGCCCACGGGAAUCGCCGACGUGUACAGUAAGUUCCGCCCAGUGAAGCGAGUGUCUCCACUGAAACAUCAGCCAGAGAGUCUGGAGAACAAUGAAAGUGACGACCAAAAGAACCAGAAGGCAGAGUACCAGAAAGGGGGUAAUGCUGACCCAGGCCCCCAGCCUGAAGAGCUCAGCCCCAGAGAUGGAGAGGGCAGCCCCCAAAGUAAGAGCACAGAACCCAGUGCCUUGCUUGGUGAACUGGAGCAUUAUGACCUCGACAUGGAUGAGAUUCUGGAUGUGCCUUACAUUAAAUCCAGUCAGCAGCUUGCCUCUUUUACCAAGGUGACUUCAGAAAAAAGAAUUUUGGGUUUAUGCACAAGCAUCAAUGGCCUUUCUGGCAAAGCCUGCUCUACCGGAAAUGCUGAGAACUCGCCGUCCAACUUGACACCAUUUUGUGUUCUUUCUCCUGUGAAAAGUCCUCACUUGAGAAAAGCAUCCUCUGUCGUCCGCGACCAGCAAAAGCUCUCCACUGAAGAAUCCGAGAGCUCUCCUCCUCUGGUUAAAUGUGGCUCUGCGUAUGAGCCUGAAAACCAGAGCAAGGACUUCCUAAAUCAGAACUUUAGUGAUCCUCAUGGUCGGAAAGUUGACAAGGUGAUGCCCGACUGCCAGCUCAGGGCCUUCCAUCUGCAGUCCUCAGCAGCAGACCCUAGACUGGAGGAGCAGGUCGGUGGCAUGAACUGGACCAGCUCUCAAGGCCCGGAAGAAAGGAGUGAGCACCUGAAAAAAGUAAAAAGCAUCUUGAACAUUGUUAAAGAGGGACAGAUAUCUCUCCUGCCACACCUAGCUGCCGACAAUCUCGACAAAAUUCACGACGAAAGUGGAAACAAUCUGUUACACGUUGCCGCAUCCCAGGGACAUGCAGAAUGUCUGCAGCACCUCACGUCUUUGAUGGGAGAAGAUUGCCUCAACGAGCGAAACAUGGAGAAGUUGACUCCAGCAGGCCUGGCCAUCAAGAAUGGUCAAUUGGAGUGCGUACGCUGGAUGGUGAGUGAAACAGAAGCCAUUGCUGAAUUGAGCUGUUCUAAGGAUUUUCCAAGCCUUAUUCAUUACGCAGGUUGCUUUGGCCAGGAAAAGAUUCUGCUGUGGCUUCUUCAGUUCAUGCAAGAGCAGGGCAUCUCGCUGGAUGAAGUGGACCAGGAGGGCAACAGUGCCGUUCACGUGGCCUCCCAGCAUGGCUACCUCGGGUGUAUACAGACCCUUGUUGAAUAUGGAGCAAAUGUCACCAUGCAGAACCACGCAGGGGAAAAGCCCUCCCAGAGCGCCGAGCGCCACGGACACACCCUGUGUUCCCGGUACCUGGUGGUGGUGGAGACCUGCAUGUCACUGGCCUCCCAGGUGGUGAAGCUAACCAAGCAGCUGAAGGAACAGACAAUGCAACGUGUCACGCUGCAGAACCAGCUCCAACAACUUCUAGAAGCCCAGAAAUCAGAGGGCAAGUCUCUCCUUUCUUCACCCAGUUCACCAUCCUCCCCAGCUUCCAGAAAGUCCCAAUGGAAAUCCCCAGAUGCAGACGAUGAGUCUGUAGCCAAAAGCAAACCAGGAGUCCAAGAGGGGAUUCAGGUUCUUGGAAGCCUUUCAGUAUCCAGCCGGGCUAGGGCGAAAGCAAAAGACGAAGAUUCGGAUAAAAUCCUGCGCCAGUUAUUAGGAAAAGAUAUUUCAGAGAAUGUCUGCACCCAGGAAAAGCUAUCCUUGGAAUUCCAGGAUGCUCAGGCUUCCUCUAGAAAUUCAAAAAAGAUCCCUCUGGAGAAGAGGGAACUGAAGUUAGCCAGGCUGAAGCAGCUGAUGCAGCGGUCACUGAGUGAGUCCGACACAGACUCCAACAACUCUGAGGACCCCAAGGGCACGCCUGUGAGAAAGGCGGACAGGCCCAGACCGCAGCCCAUUGUGGAGAGCGUGGAGAGUAUGGACAGCGCAGAAAGCUUACACUUGAUGAUAAAGAAACACACCUUGGCAUCAGGACGCAGGUUUCCUUUUAGUAUCAAGGCCUCCAAAUCUCUGGAUGGCCACAGCCCAUCCCCCACCUCAGAGAGCAGUGAGCCAGACUUGGAAUCCCAGUGUCCAGGCUCAGGAACCACCCCCGCAAGCCAGCCUUCUGGAGAACCCCCUCAGCCCAGCCCUGAUAGCACAGCCGCCCAGAAAGUGGCCACAAGUCCCAAGAGCGCCCUCAAGUCCCCAUCUUCCAAGCGCCGGACAUCUCAGAACUUGAAACUCAGAGUCACCUUUGAGGAGCCUGUGGUGCAGAUGGAGCAAACUAGCCUUGAACUAAAUGGAGAGAAGGACCGAGAUAAAGGCAGGACCCUCCAGCGGACCUCCACGAGUAGUGAAUCAGGGGAUCAACUGAAAAGGCCUUUUGGAACUUUCCGAUCCAUCAUGGAGACCCUCAGUGGCAAUCAGAACAAUAAUAAUAACUAUCAGGCAUCCAACCAGCUGAAGACCUCCACUCUGCCCUUGACCUCACUAGGGAGGAAGACGGCAGAUGGUAAGGGAAACCCUGGGAGCUCUGCUAGCAAAGGAAAGAAUAAGGCGGCGUAAUGACAUCAAUAGAAAAAUGAAGAAAUCCUACAGCACAAAGCACGUUGCUGAGCCAGAGUCAAAAGAACUCUUCUUAUAAAUCACUUUUUGUAUUAUCUCUCAUUGCUGCCCUUUGAACACCAUUGGAAAUUUCUGGACUAUCCUCUGUGGAAAUAGAACCAUGAGAGCAAUGCCUCACCAGCAGAAGAACGGACUAUCAGGAUGCCUUAAAUUUAUAGCACUAGAGUAUAUAAGACACAUUUUUGGGUGAUAUUUGUGUAUAUAACUUGUUUUUAAAGAGCGACUGUUUAAAAGCGUGAUUGGGCAAAUGUAUGUUUUUUAAGAUUGAUUCAACCUCCCCACAGGACAUUCACCAAGCCACUGACACCAGUUUGUAUUUCAUCAGUUUCAUCAAUUGCGUGGGUGUUUGCUGAUGUUGGUUGAACUUCCCUCUCCCUGUAAUAUGGGCAGUUUGGGCUCAGCUUCUCAAUGAGACCAGGUCAGUGCUAUUGUUUUCUGUUAAGAGUGUUUUUUCUGUCAUUUCUACUUUUUGUAUAAAGGAAAUAAAACAAUGUUAACAGCCACCUUUAAGCUUCGGGCACUUACUUUCUAAUAAAUCUGUGAUGCUCUGAUUUCUAAGGGGCUUUAAGAGUAUUUUGACUGCUGAUAUUUUAUUUCAGGAACAAACUGUCCAGUUGAGCUGCUUUCUCAUAGGGGUCAAAGAAAACAUUCUGGUUUUCAGUAA